AUGUGUACGCGUCUGCGUUUUUUUCGCUUGUCACUUAUUUACGAAGUAUCUCUGGACGUGGACUUUCCAUCGUCUGUGAUCCUUUCUUGUAUGCAGUUAGAAGGCGGUUCAUUGGAACCGCAGAGUAUUUCUGUGUAUUGCGAUGAUGGUGUAGUGAUCUUGGUCUGGUGCUGUGUAACCAAUCCUCGGAGUUCCACGUCCUGUUGCAGCUGUUGGUGUUUUCCUGCAAACACCAGCCUUCGCCUUUCCUCUACUGCCAUUGUUUUUGAACCAACAAUGUGCACUUCAUGCGCAUCAUGCAUUCGCUUUCUGAUGAUAAUUUUUAACAUCGUGUUCACGGUUAUCGGAUUGGUUCUCCUUGGUGCCGGGCUCUACUUCCAUUUUUCUUCAUUUGGAUUUCGUGGGAUGGAAAACCACAACUUUCUAGCCUACACUUUUAUUCUGAUCAUCACAGUUGGUGCAUUGAGUGUGGUGCUGGGGAUACUGGGCUGUUGUGGUUCAUACCAUUACAGCCGUUGCCUUCUAGGAUUCUAUUUCGCUUUGCUCCUUAUAAUAUUUGCGGCGGAAAUUGCAGUCGGUGUCGCUGGAUUUGUGUACCGUGACCAGGCGCAGCAAUUGGUCCAUUUAACCCUGAAGGCUGGCGUUGAAGACAUCAAAUUACAUCGUGGGGAGAUCCGAUGGAUGGACACAAUUCAAAUUAUGUUCCAGUGUUGCGGAUAUGAUAACCAGUUGGACUACGGGAUAUUGCAUUACGUACCGAACACCUGCUGUCCCAAUCAGCAGUGCUCGAUUGGAAACAGCAUUUUUCCCUAUUUUCCUGUGAGUCAUUGGCCCUUGGGUCACCGUUGCAUUGAACGUCUUGAACCUCGCAACAACUGUCCACUUGGCUAAAACGACUACACACAGUCGAAGUAGCGCGAGAUAUACACAUUCGCAUACGAAUGUGCUUCCCCGCGUAGAUUUCCUGUAUCAAGUUGUAUAAGCAAUGUUGCCUCAUACUUCUUUCCAACGCAUUAUUGAUGGGAUGGCGACCUCCACUCAAUUUUGUCUUAAUGUGUUCAGAGACUCUCUGGGUGCUUGCUGAGGUAGCCUUAGACAUAUAGGUGAUUUAGGGUCUUC